AUGGUGUGUUACAGUCUGUGGUGUGGAUCAGACACAGACACAACUGAAGCCGCAGCUGCCCCGGUGCCUGCCACUCACUCCGGUGCCUGCCGCAGCUGCCCCAGUGCCUGCCACUCACCCCCUGCUGUGGACACUAUUAGCUCAGAAUCGCUGGAACAAAUUUGCCUCAGACCACAUGUCCGAGUGAGUUCGUCCGCUCUGUGUUUUUUUUACCUCCGCUCAGUGAAAGCAGUUUACUCCCCUCCUCACCCGCCGUGCUCCUCACCCGCCGUGCUCCUCACCCGCCGUGCUCCUCACCCGCCCUGCUCCUCACCCGCCGUGCUCCUCCGCAGCCUCUGCCAAUAUCCACAAUGCUCCGGGUCCAUCAUCCGGUCCACAGGAAGCCGGGUCUCUAACUCCGGCUAA